AUGAGUUCCUUGAAGCAGUUCAUCCGCAACGUGCGAGCGGCCAAGACCAUCGCCGACGAACGAGCCGUCAUCCAGAAGGAGAGCGCAGCCAUCCGCGCCAGCUUUCGCGAGGAGAGCCACGACCACAACAUCAGGCGCAACAAUGUAGCAAAGCUGCUCUACCUGUUUACGCUCGGCGAGCGGACGCACUUUGGCCAGAUCGAGUGCAUCAAGCUGCUGGCAUCCCCUCGCUUCGCCGACAAGCGCCUGGGACACCUGGCCACCAGCUUGCUGCUGGAUGAGAACCAGGAGGUCUUGACCCUCGUCACCAACUCGUUGCAAAACGACCUCGGCCACUCCAACCAAUAUGUCGUCGGCCUCGCGCUCUGCACCUUGGGCAACAUCGCAUCCAUCGAGAUGUCCCGAGACCUGUUCUCCGAGAUCGAGAAGCUCGUGUCCACCAACAACCCCUACAUCCGAAGAAAGGCAGCCCUAUGUGCCAUGAGAAUAUGUCGAAAGGUUCCCGAUCUGCAGGAGCACUUCAUCGAGAAGGCCGCCGUCCUGCUGUCCGACCGACACCACGGUGUCCUCCUGUGCGGCCUGACCCUGGUCACGAGCAUGUGCGAGGCCGAUGAGGAGGAGGGCGGCGAAGAGGGCAUUGUCGAAAAGUACAAGCAGUUCGUGCCCCUGUUGGUGAGGACACUCAAGGGACUUGCCACUUCUGGGUAUGCCCCUGAGCACGAUGUCACCGGCAUUACCGACCCCUUCCUCCAAGUCAAGAUUCUCGCCCUCCUUCGCGUCCUGGUUCGUGGAGAUCCGGAAGGAACCGAGCAGAUCAACGAUAUCCUCGCCCAGGUUGCUACCAACACCGACUCCACCAAGAACGUCGGCAACUCGAUUCUCUACGAAGCUGUGCGGACCAUUCUCGACAUCGACGCCGACUCUGGUCUCCGCGUUCUGGGUGUCAACAUUCUCGGCAAGUUCCUCACCAACCGCGACAACAACAUUCGAUACGUGGCUCUCAACACUCUCAUCAAGGUGGUCGCCAUUGAGCCGAACGCAGUGCAGCGCCACCGGAACACCAUUCUCGAGUGUUUGAGAGAUCCGGAUAUCAGCAUUAGACGCAGAGCCUUGGAUCUCAGUUUUACCCUCAUCAACGAGAGCAAUGUGCGGAUCCUCAUUCGGGAGCUCUUGGCGUUUUUGGAAGUCGCCGACAACGAGUUCAAGCCUACUAUGACCAGCCAGAUCGGCGUUGCGGCCGAUCGAUAUGCUCCCAACAAACGAUGGCACAUCGACACUAUGCUGCGCGUGCUCACUCUGGCUGGAAAUUAUGUCAAGGAGCAAAUCUUGUCAUCCUUCAUUCGUCUCAUUGCCACGACCCCUGAACUCCAGACCUACGCUGUGCAAAAACUAUACAUCAACCUGAAGAAAGACAUUACCCAGGAGAGUUUGACUCAGGCGGGUGCCUGGUGUAUUGGUGAAUACGCAGACUCGUUACUGAGAGGUGGUCAGUAUGAGGAGGAGGAGCUCGUCCAGGAGGUUAAGGAGCACGAAGUCAUUGACUUGUUCUCCACGAUCUUGAACAGCAGUUACGCCACUCAGGUGGCUACGGAGUACAUUGUCACCGCAUUGAUCAAGCUCAGCACGCGUCUCUCUGAUGCCUCCCAAAUUGAGAGAGUUCGCCGCCUCAUCCAGCUACACCAAACGAGUCUUGAUGUUGAGGUUCAACAAAGAGCUGUCGAGUACGGCAAUCUCUUUUCGUAUGACGAGAUCCGCCGAGGCGUUUUGGAGAAGAUGCCGCCCCCGCAGAUCAAAGAAUCUUCGCGAGUACUCGGCGAGGCCACAACAAAAACUAAAAAGGCGGCCAACCGGAAGUCUAAACUCAUCGCGAAGCCCUCUACGGAUCAAGACCUACUCGAUCUGAUGGGAGACGUUACAAGUCCCGCCUUGACUUCACCGACCAACGGUGGCCCAAGCAACACCGACCUCCUGGCAGAUAUCCUUGGUGGUGCGACUAGCCCGCCUCCUCAGGGUGCUGGCUCUCCACCUCCCCAGCAAUCCAACGUUAACUCCAUUAUGGAUCUCUUCUCCUCGGGAGCAUCGUCGUCGCCUGCUCCUGGCGGCGCGCCCGCGAGCUCAGACCUCGAUAUUCUCGGUGGCAUGGGAUCGCCACCACCCCAGCCACAAGCAGCUCCGCAAGCCCCGGCUGGUAUCCCUUGCUACGAUGCGAAUGGCAUCAACGUAACCCUGCAACUACAACGAAAUGCAGAAGGUGCCAUCCAAGUAUCAGGCCGUUUCCGCAACACAUCCGGUGUCUCCAUCUCCAACGCUGGUCUCCAGGCUGCCGUACCGAAGUCCCAGAAACUCCAGUUGCUCAGUAUAUCCAACUCGGAUAUCCCCCCUGGCGGCGAGGCAACGCAGCUGAUGAGGAUUUUGGGUGCCAAAGGGCCUCUUCGGUUACGUUUGAGAAUCGGCUACACGCAUCCAUCGGCAGGACAGGUAAUGGAUCAGUGCAUGUACUCACAGACCCAGAAGGUCGCAAAAAGUCACGAGCUCAGCAUGGAGUAA